UAUUUACCGCUACAGCAGCGCAAUAUUGUGAUCACAUGGAUUGGUCAAAAUUUACCGCUAUCUUGUCAGACGGACAACUAUUGCACCAAACAUGUAUCUCCGCAAUUGUGACAUUUUUACUAUUUUUAACUGGGAUUCUACCGCUGGCGAAAUGCACAACCGAUCACGCCAUCUUUUUCCAGAAUAAUCAGACAGCCGCUGGAAAAAACCACAGUCAACCGACUGUGUGGUCAGCCGUGCGACCAACACCGUCGAAUAUGUUGUUUAUGGGGUAUCAGCAUAAUUAUUUCAGUUAUCCAGGUGGCCAACAGCCUGUACAACCACCGUACGCCUCCGGUUUUGGCCCACUGAAUCCCAGUACGAAUUUCAAGCCCGAACCGUUUGCUAAUUUGAAACUGGAAUCCAGCUAUAAGACAUCGAAAUCGGCCAGUCAGAAUCGCAAAAAUCACUUGAUGUUCGCCGGGUUCGGCAAUUAUGGGAAUAACAUUAUGAAUGAUUACGAUGUCGCUCCGUCGGAAACGAAUGAGCGGGCUUCUGUUGAUUCGACCAAUUCCAAUAAGAAGUUCGAUACCAUUUAUGGACUGAAUACCGGCACUUCGUAUACACCGGCAUGCGUGCGCAGCCAACUGCAGACUAUUUGUCUGGAUGACCCCUUCUAUCCAACAGAUUCCAUUAAAGACGCCAUUACCCACCACCAAGUUGAUUUCGCCAAAUUAUACGCUGAAGUAGCCUUUCAAAGUGCGGAUAACCUUUGCGAUGGGCUGACGCGGACCGAAGAAGAAAAAUACUGCAACGUGUUUUCUCAGAUCCAUCCCAUUAGUGCUGCAAAUUCUUGGUCAUCAAAUAUGGGAUAUGUGGCCGACGCGACAUCGUCCUUCGACAGUCUCCGAACUCGCACACAGACGACACACACCCAAGCAACCGCGGAGUCGACAAACGGUCGCGGAUACGUAUGCGCGUCAGUAAUACAUUAUGCUCGUAUAUUACGCGCCAAAAACCACCGAGGGCAAUGGAGGAUUGUGGUAAAUAUUCCCGGUUACACGCAAACCUCCCGGAUGGAAGAAUGCACGAGGCCGCUGCAGCGGUGUCAGUACUUAUCGCCAAAAUUAAAUAGCGCGUGUGUCCAAAAGUGGAAUUUUCAGCGAAUGCUUGUCUGGGACAAGUACAACGGAUUUGAAAUGGAUAUUUUCAGGAUACCGGUAGCGUGCUCGUGUUUCAUCCGGCCGCGCAACAGCAACAGCGUUAUGAACUUCUUUCCCAGUGUCAAUAACAUGGCACCACCGGUCGCCGCGGCGGAGAGUCCCCCUUCACCAUCACUUCCCGCCAAAGCCGCCAGUAUUCCCAGUGUUGUAGUACAAUCGGCAGCAUCCAAUUCUUUGUCCGUUGUCACGGAAAACCCGCUGCUCGUUAACCAACAGCUGCACCACAACACCAUCGACCAACAGCAGCAACAACAGCAGGUGCUCCAGCUGCCAUAUAAGCCGUAUGGUUUCGCGGAAAUGCUACCGGAAGCAUCACACAUCUAUCCCUACUGGUCAUUGGGAAAUCUGCUGCCCUAUCAUGAAAUCCGAGUGGGACACGGCUUACAUCCGGCAGCCAGCUUGUUUGUCGAUUCGAACGACUACUACAAUGCCGGCUAUGGUCGCGCAUGACCGCACCCACACCUACUUAACUGUACAUGUAAAUAUGUAAUAACCGUUACACCGAUAAUCAUAUUUAUGGCGAAGGAAUAGCACCGGGCCACCGGCACAUUAGUUUUAACGAUACUGCCUGUUUUCAUCUGCUUAUUAAUUAUUCAGAUUUUAGUUUGCUAUUGGCGUAGAAAAG